AUGACUUCCCAAAAUAUGGAGUGUAUCCUUGACGGCGUUUUCUUCACGGGUGAUAGGCCACGCUGGAUCAUAGCUACUGAUAAGGGUGGAUUAGGGGUGGUACCCUCGGGACAUACUGUCGUUUACGCAUUCACUGCGUGUUCUCUUUGGGAGUCCAAGGGAGAUUUCCUCCUGUAUUCUGACGAGGGUCGAGUGACACUCCUUGAAUGGGCUCUAGAAGUCCAACUUGACAGUUGUCUACCGUACCGCAGCUGGCCGCUUCCUCAUUACAGGGCUCGGUUUGCUUCCUACGACGAAGACGGCAGCAUUAUUUGGGAGCCUGAUGGGAAUGGCGUUUCUUUCCUUUAUGCCGACUGCUCGACGCUCGAGCUGAUUUCGCCGGAACGUUGGGUUACGAUGGAUGGUUACGAAUUUGCAUCCGAUGAAUUUGUCGACGCCCUAACUUGUGUCUCUCUUGAAACAACGAGCACGGAAAGUGGGAGCAAGAAUUGCAUUGCUGUGGAAACGACGAUCAACCGAGGAGAAGACUUGGCUGUAAAGGGAGCGGUAUGUUAUGUUUCACCGUCCACCAUGCUCUUCGGCCGAUUUAUUUUCGAGGCUGUUGAAGUUGUUUCCGAUGCUAAUUGGACGCCGAACAGAUGGUACAAAUUGAAGCUGCGAGUGAGGGACGACGCGAAAGGCCCUGCGACAGCUAUGUGCGGCAUAAAUGGUUAUCUUGUGUCAUCUAUGGGCCGGAAGGCAAACAGGCUGCUCUGUAUGCAACGUUGCGUUAAUAAUCCCUGCAGAAUUUUUGUUCGCGCUCUUGAUCUGGAUGAACGUUUAGUUGGCGUCUGCGUUACAUCGCUCUGCUCGAUGGAGAAUCUUCUCCUGAUCGGAGAUGCCGCGAAGAGUGUCUGGCUUGUGGCUUUUCAAGAGGAUCCGUAUAAACUCGUCACACUCGCAAAGGUUCUGCGCGUUGAUGACAAGGAGUUCAAGAUAAAGCACAGUAAUAAGACAUCAUCGCCAGAAUGGAAUGAAUCCUUAGAUUUUUCCGCCAGCGCACACAUGUCAAGAUUGUGUCUCUCGAUUUAUGACCAUAAGACGCGCGGGAAAGAUAAGCUAUUAGCUGAAGGCGAGGUUGACCGGCACAUACAAGUCGGCCGGUCGACAGUUGCUGAGGUCACCGUCGAGCUUCAAGGCGGCGGACUUGCGCACCUCCGUCUCGAAUUUGAUGCAGAGAAUAAUCCACUAGCACGACACGCGUCUGUCGCGUCCCUUGAACGAUCGCAGCUACCGGCUUCGUCAUCAAGAUUCAGCAUUAGGGGUCGCAGACCAGGGUUCAACGAGAACAACUGA